AUGACAAGGUCGGAUCUCUCAGCUUCGAAGGGGGUGAAUGCCGCGGGCGAUGGGAUUAUCACGCUUGAGGCCACGGGUGACAACCACCCAGCGGUGGAUAUUUCAGUUCAUCAAGAUCCUCUUGUCAAACCCAAGCCCAGUUCCAAGCACAUCAUCAUCAUCGGCGGGGGCGUCAACGGGCUCAUGACAGCAUGGGUCCUUCUUGACAAGGGAUACCGGGUUACGAUAUUGGCCAAAGAAUGGGCCUGGACGCAAGACUGGCAAAACUCACGCAUCACGUCCCAGAUCGCAGGAGCUCUCUGGGAAUACCCACAGGGGGGGUGCGGUCUGAAAGAGAUUGACGUAACCGAGCCUGGAUGGUCGACCAAAUAUCACUAUCGAGAGUGGACUCUCCAGGCCUACGAGUUCUACCACAAGAUGAACACCAUGCAGCAGGGCCGGAUGGCCAAGGAGUUCGGGGUCGGCAUGGUCAAGAUCAACCUCUUCUUCUACCACGACCUGAACAAGGAGAACGAGUUUAACGCGGAGGACUAUGAGAAGUUCCACAUGAUCCGAGAGGACGCGAGUGCGAACAAAAUCCUUGGCUUUGAAAAGUACGGACCGGAGCGCGUUCAACAAAUAGUCGAGAGUCUAGGAUCCGACGACGCGUGGAAGCGAGACCUGCGCCACGGAUACGGCUACGACGCUCCAAACGUCGACUCAGACCGCGCAAUGGUGUUCCUAAUGUCAAUCGUCGCCAGCAAGGGCGCCCAGCUAGAGACGCGCGAGCUAAAGGGAAAACCCCUAUCCGAGUUUGCAAAGGAUUUCAAAGACAACAUGGGCGCCGACGCAAUCAUCAACGCCACGGGUCUAGGGGCGGGUGAGCUCGUCGGCGACCCCGACGUUUUCCCCGUACGCGGGGCACUCAUCCGCAUCGACAACAACAAACGAGAGCGUUUUGAGCCCCUGCACGAGGCGUGUAUUGUCCCCGCGCAGAUGGACGCCGACGGGCUCCUCCGCAAGGGCAUCUGGCUGUUCCCGCGCGUGGACGGCACUCUCAUUGUGGGCGCCCUGGCGCAGCCCGCAAACGACGUGCUGAACCUGACACAGAAUUCUCCGGAGAUUGGGCUCAUGUGGAAACGGGCUCGUUCGUUUCUCCCUGCUAUCGGCGAUGCGCGCACGGUUCCUCAUUAUCCGCUGGCGCAGGGGUUGAGGCCCUUCACUAAGCGGAAUGUCAAGGUCCGGGCCGAUCUUGAUAUCGACCAGCUUCCGGUGGUCCACAAUUAUGGGCAUGGGGGCUCGGGAUGGGCGCUGGCCCCUGGAACGGCGAGGACUACCGUCCAUCUUCUGGAGCUGAUGCUCAAUGAAGGGUACACUGGGAGGGACGCGAACCGCCAAUACUAUGGCUGUAAUCCUGGCGAAAAAUGA